AUGUAGAUUCAAAUAGAAUAAGGACACGAAAUCAGAAUGUUAUAAAAUUAGUUAGAAGAAAGACUUGAAUAAGCCAUUAAAAAUGAUAGCUAAUUAUAGUAAAAGUUGCAGUAGUAUUAUGAAUUAGUACAAAAAGUCAAAGAUUUAAAUUAUUGUUCAAAAUAGAAGAUCUAGAAUUCAAACGCUGUAGAAGAAAUGGCUAAAAAACUGUAGGAUCAUCUAAUCUAUAUAUAAAAACAAAGAUCUGAAAUAGAAGAAUUUAAAAACUAAUAAAUUGAAAAUAUAACUCAAAUUCAAUAUGACUUUGUUCUAGAAAGAAUGCAGAACCUAGAAAAAUCACAUAAAGAUGUCCUAUAAGAUUUAUUUGAAUAAUAUACGGAAUAAAGAGACGAGCUAAAUUAAAUUUAAAUAUAAAAAAGUGAGGAAGAAUAAUUAUGUUUGCAGGAAUAUGUAAAACUGUCUAACAUAAACAGAAAAGAGGCUGAAAAAAUAAGAGCAUAAAAAGCUAUUAAUUAAAGAGAAUAGCAGAAAAGCGUAAGAGAUAGAAUAAUAGGAAUAGCUAGAAAAUUUACUUUUAUAAGAAUCUGA